AUGAGGGCAGAGGAUGUUCGCACGUUUGCAGCGGACAGACUUGGCGUCGAGCCUUCUGCAGUCAGUGUUUUUGAAGGUGAGGUGCAACGAGGCUUGGGACAGUGGCUGCAUGGAACCGGUCGUGUAAAUGUGGUGGUGGCUGCAUCGGAUUGGCAUGACCGUUUGUCCGGACUUCCAGAGCAGUCGCGUGAAUUGCUAAUGCGGCAAAGUCAUCGCAGCUGGGGUCAGGGAUCAUUUGGAGACGACCUGGAAUUUCAAGUGGGUGCAGUUAUGCUGUGCGGGUGGCUAGCAAGGACUCCUUCUGCUCCCGACAGGGUUUCACCAUUACAGAGUGGGUUGUGGCGAGCACGAACACCGAGACAGUUUCUCAGCGAGGUUUUCCGUGUUUCCGUCAAUUUGGAGCUGAAGUAUACUCAGGCAGUAAGGGGCAGUGGUUCCCAAGUUCUCCAACAAGGUGCUGUGGGUGUGGUCCCCGUCUUUGCCGGCGAGAUGGUCAGGAAGGUCGCAGGUGGCAUGGCUGUUGAAGCGGUCAUUGGCGAAGCGGAUGGCACAAGUCCUUUGCUGGUACAAGAGCUAUCCGACAUUUGCCGGCCAGCGCGGGGGAAACUGGAGAGUCCGGUGGUAAGUUGCAUGCCAGCAGCUUCCCUUGAAAGGGCGACCGGCGUGGAUUACGGCGAAACCGGUCCGGCAAAGCUCUGCGAGCAUGAGGGCACAGACGGCUUCUACGCAGAAGUGCUACUGAACAACAAGCGUGUCCACGUAGAGAUGAACCGAGAUGGCACCGUCAGUGGUCUGUGUCCGACGAACCCUGACAGCAAAACCCAGACCAGAACCCCGGAAGUCCAGGCCUUUCUGGAUGGUGCACCGAGCAGUGCCCCGAAGACGCCCGCCGACACGGCCUCAAAGACGCUGCUGGAGAGCUCAUCGGCCUGGGCGGCCUUGAACCCAUACCUGGAGGAUUCGGUUGCUUGCUUGGUGCGGCCAAUCGUCCAGGACUGCCUGAAGGGCAGCUGCCAAGGGGAAGACUUCGGACGCCAGUGGCUGAAGCAAUUCAUCCAGCUGCAGCUGCUGCGACUGCUGCACCAAGCAGGGGUCCCAAACGCCACCCUUCAAUUGCUUUCAGCGAAAUACUCGGAGAUCUUCGACAACCAUGUCUGCUGGAACCUGGACUUGGUGCAGCUCUUGAUGGACUUGGCGAUAGCGGUCCUGGAGGUGCUUCUGAAUUCUACUGUGUCCGCCACAACUCGCGGUUGGCAGCUGGCCUACAUUGUGGUCCCGCUGCUGUUGGAGCUCUUCAAGAGUACGUCUGUGCAGACCGUCCUGGGCCACGUGUCGAAGGCAGUCCUCGCAUGCGCAGCCUCCCUCAAGGAGUGGGUGGUGCAAGCCCUCGAAAGGCUUGGAAAGCUGCUGUCGGAGGCGGCGGGUGGGGUCACUGCCACAGCGCCUGGUUUCGCGACAUGCAUGGCCGCAACACCGGUAGCUGCCAUAGUGCCGGGCUUCCAGAAUGCUGCACAAGUGCUCUUGCAGAGGCCUUUCAGCGAGGAAGGUUGGCAACAGCGCUUGGAGAAGGAUUCUCUGGUUUCCGUGUUCAUCAGAAAGCCGAGAAGGAGGUGGGUUGACGGACAAGUUUGCCGAGUGUCGGCGAGGUCAGUGACGGUGAAGUAUUUCAUCGGGAAAGAGGAGUAUCUGAUUCCCGUGGCCCGUGACGACCCCCGGCAACUGCGUCUUGAUGGGGCCGUGGGCGCUGUCUUGGAGUUCUCGGAGGAGGAGGAGGAGGAAGAAGAGGAGGGGGAGAACGAUGCGGGUGGCGAGACGAUGCUGGGGGAGAGCAAGCUCGUGUCCAAAGAUCCUUUUGAAGAGGGGACGAAAGGCACGAAAUCUGCCGAUGGCGGCAUGGUGCCCUUGGGCAGAAAGACUGGAGUGCUGGAGGAACAGCUGGCGAUGAACUUGUCUACAGAUGGCCCGAAGGGCCUCUGGUCGACCGGAGGCUCCGCGAUGAUCCCCGAGGGCUGCAGAGCUCCGCCGACCGAUGUCGCCCCGGCAGAUGUUGCGAUUCAAGGUCCUGAAACUUUUGAGCCGCCGACCCAGCUUCCCACCUACUCGGUCACCCAGGGUCAACGGGAUGGCCUUGCCAACGGAUACGUUGUAGUAUCGGCUAAGUUCUUUUCAGGCACUCAGUGGAAGAUGUUUGAUUUCAUUGUAUUUCUGCAAUCGCGGAAGCUAAUUACCCAGCAGGAGCGUGUGGUGCAGAGUGGUCAGGAGUUCGACUUCCAGGAGAUUUGUGAGGCGACCAAGAAUUUCAGUUCGUCGAACCGAUUGGGCGAGGGCACCUACGGGACAGUAUUUCGUGGAACCUUGCGAGAUGGAACCGAAGUUGCCAUCAAAGCUCUCGCCUCGCCCAAAGAAGGCGGAUUCCGAGAGGAAGUGGAGGUUCUCAGCCGCUUCCGGCAUCCCAACCUUGUGAUCCUCAUGGGCUUCGCAAGAAAAGGGCGUGAACGGUACCUCGUCUACGAGCUCCUGCCUGGCGGGGACGUGAACUCGCGGCUGAACAAAGACGCAAGUUUCACGUGGGAGAAGCGACUGAACGUCGUGUUGGACUGUGCCCUUGGCCUCAGCCACUUGCACGGGUCACGACCACAGGUCUUCCAUCGAGAUGUCAAGACGCAGAACAUGCUCAUGGACAAGAACGGUACGGGCAAGGUCGCCGACUUCGGCUUGGCCUGCUUAGCCGAGCCGAACCAGCGGUCACUUCGGGUGCGGGAGACUUCUGGGACUUUGGGCUAUGCCGAUCCGCUGUACAUUCGCGAAGGCGUCGUCACCGAGAAGUCUGAAGUCUAUUCACUGGGAAUGGUGCUCUUAGAGGUCCUCACGGGCCGCCCCCCCGCGCUGCAACAUCCCAAUGGCCACAUUGAGUAUCAGUUCUCGCACUUGAACGGAGACAUUCCAAAGCUCAUGGCGAUGGUGGAUCCGCGAGGGCAGUGGCCCCCGAUGCUGGCAGAGCAUGUGGGCCGGCUAGCACUACAGUGUGCUUGCGAGCAGGCUCAGUUCAGGCCAACCUUCGUGGACAUCGUAACGCAGCUGCGACAGAUGCUACGGGACGACUCCUUGCGGCAACCGGCGCCCGAACGAGGGAGUGGUGCCUCCAUGGCCGCCCAGUCUCCGUCGGAAGCUCGCAGUCGCUCCCAUCCUUCAGCGGCCAUGGGCCAGGCUGCAGCGGUCCCGCAGCAGCCCUGGCCACAGUCCAACUUUGCCGACAAGGCCAAUGUUCUUGGGAAUUCGCUGCUUCCGGUGGGUCGUGGUGGCUAUGCGCAGCACUCGCCGCCACAGCUCCAGCAGCAAUCGAACUAUUCUCCUCCACAUGCCCGACAAUCUCCCCAUGCACACCAGUCACCCAUGGCCCAUCAGUCCCCACAUGCGCAGCAGUCUCCUCAUGCACAGCCGUUCCCGGCUAUGCAGCAGAACCAAGUCAUGGGCCCAAUGCAGCCUCAGGGCGAGGCCCAGGUUCAGCGCGACCAGCGCGAGCAGUACCAGAGAGCACAGCUGCGCGAGCAGCGAGAGCAGCGAGAGCGAAAAGAGCAGCAGCUGCGAGAGCAGCAACACCGAGAGCAGCAGCAGCGCGAGCAGCAGCAGCGCGAUCAGCAGCUGCGAGAGCAGCAGCUGCGCGAACAGCAGCAGCGUGAACAUCAGCAGCGUGAGCAGCAACUGCGCGAACAGCGCGAGCAGUUGCAACGAGACCAGAUGCAAAGAGAACAGCUUCAGCGUGAGCAAUUGCAACGCGAGUUCAGACAAAGAGAGCAAGCCAGUGCAGACGGGAAGAGCCCGGUUCAUGCGCGGGACAAGCUUCCUUUUCCACAGCGUGCACAAGGCCCCUCGCGAGGAAUACCCGCGGAUCGGCCUGACGACAUGCGCAGCUCCGAAACCUACAUGCAGCCCUCACAGCCACCACCGGCGAGGCAGCCAGCGAUGCCUCAGCCAAUGCAGGCGCGGCAGGGCAGCCAAGGGUUUCAGCCCCGAGUUAGCAGCCCGGAGAAGCGCUCAGCACCAGGAGGAAUCCCGGCGAACCCACCAGGGGCGCCAGGAAACUUCCCUCAGCCUCGGAUGAAGCCGUGGCAGACCUUCGAAGGAGCCAAUGCCACUGACUCCACCCGAGCAGCCGACAGUGGCUCCAGCAGUGGCGCCGGCGGCAGUGGGCAGAUCCUGUCUCAAGCUGCAGCCGGAGAAGCCGCCAACAUUGCCACCUUGGUCGGAAUGGGCUUCACCGAGAACAGCGCGAUUGAAGCUUUCAAGCGAUGUUCGACCGUUGAGGCCGCCGCAGCAUGGAUCGUGGAGCAGCCCCCAAAUUAG